CAUAAAUAUAAAAAAACACAAUGUUUGAAGUGUGGUCCUCUUAAAUGUAUUUAAGAACUCUAAAUUGACAUCUGCACUGCUGAACACAAUUAAUGUUCCCGUCACACAGUGUACAACAAAUAGAUGCUGCAUAUUUCAGUUGGCCAGGCUUUGCAAACUUUUAAUUUUUAAGUAAAACAUGAUGCUUUUCAUUUCAUUCAAGCUGACUAAAAUGGCUCACACAACUUUUUCGUGCUUGCUCGGUUGACUGAAGGGAUGAAAAGCAGCCAAUUGCAGUGUGAAACGAAACUAUUGUAGUUAGAUGCAUUUGGGAGUUUUAAUUUUUAUUCCGACUUUACUAUCCAACACUUCAUGUGCUUCAAUCUAGGGUCAGGGAUCUUUAGGCACCUCACAAUCCGAUUCUGGGAGUCACAAUCCGAUUUCAAAACGAUUCCUGAUACAGUUACAUUUUUUUCUUAUUGAUUAUUCUGUUAUGCAAAGGCAAAACACAGUAACCUCACAUUUUGACCAGAAUUGGGGUUCUUAGACUGUAAGUUGCCCCGUGACAGACAGGUCUCACUAAACUAUAACCAGGUUUUGAAAAAAUUGCAGUAACAACAAAAUCCACACUCAAAUCAAGUAACUGUUUUGUUGGUGUUCAGUGUAUUUACAGCCUUUGAAUGGCAGUAUUGUCAUCAUAAAAAGCCUCUUCACAAGAAAAUAAAUAUUGGUUUUCAAAACACAGUACUAUUAAAUUAAAUAAUUCAACUGAUUGUUGAAUAACAUUUAUAUGUUUAAAGCAUUGUUAUUCAUUUUUAUUUAAUAGUAUUAUAUUUUUAAUUAGAAUAAAUCAGUCUGAGGCCUUUUGAUUUAUUUUAACUAUAACUACAGGUUGGUGCUCCAGGUUGAUUACAUGAGAUAUCUGCUUCUGUGAGAGUGCAGAUGUCAGCUUCUUCUUUCCUCACCACAGGUGAUAAAGCGGCACAAAUAGCGGGAUUAUUAUUUAAAAAGUCUAUCAACAAUCUCGUAUGCGCUGUUCCAUCUGUUUGCUAUGCGAGUUGAAGUCUCACCUGCUUAACAUGUAUCUGACGAGCCGUCAGGUGUGCGCGCACUUCCCGACGAGCAAGACUGGCAAUGUGCGCAAGAGGAGUGAAACACAUUGGGAGGCAGGUAAUUUUUUUUUUACCAUGAAUCUCCACUUUCACUUUCUUUGUUUCUCACCCACACCUAUCAUCUCGCUUCUGAAGACAUGGACUUAAACACUGGAGUCUUAUGGAUUACUGUUAUGAUGCCUUUGUGCUUUUUGGUGCUUCAGAGGUCUGGCCGCCAUUCACUUGCAUUGAAAUGACCUACAGAGCUGAGAUAUUCUUCAAAAAAUCUUCAUUUGUGUUCUGCUAAAGAAUAAAAGUCAUACACACCUGGGAUGGCAUGUAGGAGGACAUGGCUGCCCAUGUUGGUGCGUCACGCACCCCUCAGGAGGUCAUGGACCAUUAUGUUUGCAUGUAUAUCCAUGGGAAUCUGGGCAAAGCCUGCAUUCCUGACAGCAUCCCUAAACGUGUGACAGACCAUACUUGUCUUAGUGGAGGUCCCUUGUCCCCUAGUUUGACCACUCCAUUGCCCCCACUUGAUAUAUCUUUGGCCGAGCAGCAGCAGCUUGGAUACAUGCCGCUCCGUGAUGACUACGAGAUUGAAUAUGACCAGGAGGCAGAGAAGCUCAUCAGUGGCCUGUCUGUGAACUAUGAUGAUGAAGAUAUAGAGAUCGAGAUGAAGCGAGCCCAUGUGGACAUGUAUGUGCGUAAGCUACGUGAGCGUCAGCGACGCAAAAACAUUGCUCGUGACUACAAUCUAGUGCCAGCCUUUCUGGGCCGGGACAAAAAAGAUAAAGAGCGAGAGCGGCCUGGUGGGACAGGAGCAGUUGGAGGGGUGGGUGGAGUUGUUGGAUUGGGAGGGGGUGCGACAAUUAUUCCGACAGGGUCACUGGGCUCCUCUGCAACAGCAACCCCAAAACGCAAAAUCACCAAGGAAGAAAAGGAGCAGCGGAUUAAACUGCGUUCCCUCUGCCAGUUUAUGCCACAUCGUGAGUUUGAAGAAUUCUUUGAUAACAUGCACAAGGAGCGCAUGCUGCGGGCAAAGGUUCGGGAGCUUCAGCGAUAUCGCCGGAACGGCAUCACAAGACUUGAUGAGUCAGCCGAGUAUGAGGCGGCACGCCACAAACGGGAAAAACGGAAAGAGAACAAAAGUGUAACUGGCUCAAAGAGAGGGAGUAGCGGUGGAGGAGGAGUAGCCGGGCUUGGAGGAGGGGUUGGAGCAGGGGGUGGGGUUGGCGGAGGUGGAGGAGUCAGUGCCAUUAAAGAGGAGGGGAAGGACAGUGAGUUUUCUGCCAUUGAGAACCUGCCUGGCUUCGAGCUGCUUUCAGAUCGGGAGAAGGUACUGUGCAAUUCGAUGAACCUGUGUCCCACACGUUAUCUGACUGUCAAGACUAUCAUCAUCAAGGAUCACCUUCAGAAAAGGCAGGGUAUUCCCUCCAAAAGCCGCCUACCCAGCUAUUUGGACAAGGUGCUGAAAAAACGUAUUCUGAAUUUCCUGUCAGAGAGCGGCUGGAUAUCCAGAGAAGCCUCCUAAUGUUGGCCAAAGAUUUGGCUUUAAGAAUAAUGACUGUAUAUAUUUUUCUACUGUUUUAUAUUACAUCUCAUAAAACCCUGUGAGAACAAAAAAGGUGCCCCACUACUGGAGGUGGGCCUUCAAUCCGUCUUGUCUUUUUUUGAUCUCACAUCUCCUCAUAGGAACAUAACCAUGGUGAGAGUCUUACAGGUUUCAGUUGAAUUCUAAUUAUAGAAGGUACACCAGUAUGUACAGUAUAGGAAAGGGACUUUUGAGUAUGGUGUCCUGCGUAAUAGAUCAUCAUAAUAUAUAUAUAUAUAUAUAUAUAUAUAUAUAUAUAUAUAUAUAUAUAUAUAUAUAUAUAUAUAUAUAUAUAUAAACGUAUUACCCCAUGUUAAAAUGUCUUCAUUUGAAAUGUGAUUUGGGAUAUUUGUGAAAAAGCCCUGGACACUGCUGACUAAGCUGGUGUUUACACAUUACAGUAAAAAAAACAAAAAAACAAUCCACUUGGAAGAAUUCCAAUUAGAGUAAGGAUUGAACCAAACAUUGAGAGUAACAAGAGUGGCAAACAAGUGAUCUGCUGGCCGUAAGUCUUUUGUUCCAGUGUUCCAGUCUGCAUUUGCCUGUUAAUUAGAUAAACCUUUUAUUUUAUUUUUUUUGGAAUGUGUGAAACAUAAGGCAUGCUUGAUUCUAUGUAAAUGUCUAAUGUUCAUGUUUGCUAGAGAUUAUUUUAUUUGCUUCCUUUUUUGGAGUUGACCUUUGUGAGGUUAUAUUACUAUAACUUUUUUUUAUCAAGCAUGUUUCAAAAGCUCAAGUUAAAUGCCACAAACCCAUGCUUACAUGAUGCUUACAUAGAUCACCAAGGGAGAACAUUUACCACAAUGUCCCCAUUUCAAGAAGGUAUUAUUGCAUGUUUGUUAGGAAGUUAUGAUGGAUAAAGCUGGGCUAAAUACAGCAUCAGUGUUUGUCAUCUCAAAAGUGCAGAUGGAGAAACAAAAUUGUUUGAUUUCUAGACUAUGUUAAAACUACAUACUAAAGGUUUGUUUUUCAAAUGCCUUGACAAGAUGAUCAUACAAUACCAAAUCUUAGCUUAAAACUGAGACAAACCUAUUUUUCCAUGAUUUGUAAUAUGUUAUUACUGACUGCUUAUGUUUACCCCAAAGCUGUAGAAAACUUAAGAAAAGCACUGUUCUCAUAGGCCAAUAUAAAGGUUUUAAAGUUUUACAUAGUUUUAAAAUGUCUAAUAUAUUGAGUCAAAUAGAGUUAAUAGGCACAGUUUAACUUCUAGCCAUUGUUUUUUUCUGUUUCCAUAUGACAUCUCUUUAUUGUGUAUACCAUAUUGGAAAUAACUGUAUUUAGUGUAAAAACCGGUGGAAAGCCAAGGCGGUUGUCCACUUCUGUUUUUGUACUUUUUUUUUUGUUUUUUGUUUUUUGCCUCAGACAUUAGUACAUAAAGUCAUACAAUUUUGAGUGGGUUAAUCAUGUUUUGUGCCUUGAAGCAUAUUUUGCCCUGGUUGAUGUUUUCAUUCCUUAACUUUGAAUUGUAUUUGUUUCGUAUUAUAUAUUCCCCUUGAAAAAAAAGAAGUGUUGAUUUGCAAUUGUAUGUUUGAUUCUGGGACUUUCUCCACAUUUCUAUUCUAGAAACAGCUAAUCUACACAAUACAAAAAGGUUGUAAUGUAAUUUUUAUGACCAUGAGAAAGCCAUAAAAAUCGUAUUGUGUUGAGAAAGAAACUCAUCAAUCAUCAAAGAUGUGUGCAAAGUAUAUAGACUGGCUUUAAAACUAUUCCGGAAAUAUAAAUGAUGAACGAAGGUAUGUGGAUGCUAUGCUAAUAAGGAAAUUAAGGUGCAAAUGUGGAGGUACCUCCAUCUCUUUUGUGGUAUUGUGUGUCAUUGCCUUUUUUAUUUUUUAUUAUUAUUGAGGUGUUACAUUUUUAGAAAGGCUUAGGCUAGGUGCAAAUACUUUCCUUGUGCUUCAUGGAUAAGAAAUAGGAUCACAGGUCAAACCAUUCCCAUGGCAUUCUUAAAGAUUAAGAGUUUUGUCAAGCUCACUGCACACUUGCUGUUUUUGAGAAAAUAAGUUACAGAUGUUAAUUUAAAGGUUAAAAUUUUUUCACUUUAAUAUUCAUGCAAAGUAUUGUGCUAUUUCAGAGAGUGUUAUUAUUUUCUAAAGUAAUUGAAAAUGACAACAAUAAGACACUAUCUCAAGAACAUUUUUAUCAUUUUUUAAUGACAAUGUGACAUUUACAAAAUGACGAGGCUUUUUUCUGCUUGGUUGUGGCAUGGAUGUUCUUUGGUAAAACAGUCCAUUCUGAAAGGCUCAUAUUUGUCAAAAUGUUGAACUUGCAUAUGUGGAAAGAUGUAUUUUAUUGAAUAUGUCAUGUUCUUUCUUACUUUGUAUUAAAGUGUUGAAAUAUAA